AAUGAUGGUCAACAUGACUUACAAAUAUUAUUCUGCAGUACAUAUCAAAAGACAAUUACGCCCUUUGGUCUCUUUAUAGUAUUGAUUCUGAAAAAAGGGAGGUUGGUAUUAGUGUGACUUAUGCUGGCUACAGCUUUUAGGGAAUGUAUGUGUGCAGGGGAGAGGGUGUGUGCAAGUUAUCUUAGUGUUUAUUUCUGGAUUAUGUUUGUGUAGUACCUCCUACUUUUUUCUUAAGAAAUAAGUUUUGAUUGGACUUGUGUAUUGGCUUACAGCUGCACAAAACAGUCUAUGUGUUGUAAAAUGAAUUUUUUUAUAUCCUUGUUGGAGAUAGGCUUGUAUAGCAAACAGUUUCAAUGUAUUUCUCUUGCUUUUAGCUUGCUGCUAAUUAUUUUGGGUCGUUAACUUUGUUGGGGGGAUGUUGGGAGAAGGGUGAAGACUGUUCAGUUUGUCUUGAUGGCCAAUCCAAUGGCAGUGAAGAUGGUUUCUCUUUAAAUAUUUCCUUUUUAUGUUUUGGAAGUCUAUGGUGAUGUGUACAAGUAGGAGUCUCUCUGUAGUGUAUGCGUAUGAGAGGAUAUAUAUCUUGAUGUUGUGUUGUGAUACGUAUGUAUAUUUUUGAUAUUUUGUGCGUGUGUUUAUAGAAAUCAGUUUAAAUUAUUGUUGUUUGUAACUGGAUUAUGUUCUAAGAUGUGUAAUUAUAGUGACAUGCUCACACCCUGCUGGAAUUAUGCUGAAGCAGUAAAGAAUCAAUCUCUCACAUACACACACACUUACAAAUAUACCAGAACUGCCACACUAUACCAGCACAGCUGUUUUCAUUCACAUUGUAGCUGUCCUGAUGUCUGUUGUGAUGACAAUAGUCUCCCCAGCAUAUUUCUCGUCAAUAACAUUCACCUGCAAGACUGAGGUCUCUUUAAUUGAAGGUCGAUUUGAAAUGUGCUAGUUUGCAGUUUCAGAGUAAGCAGGCAGCAAAACAUGAUUGCAAAGAUACAUUUUGUCACCUGCUAGUUAUUGAAACAUAAAAGGCAACUACAUCAGUGCUAUAAUCCAUGACAGUGUGUGGGUAAGGUCACAGUAACACAUUUAUCUUUGUAUUUCCAAGGAGUAUCUGAGUGAUUGGUACUAUUGCCACUGAGGCAUACAAGAUGUACAUUGAAUCGUGGUGAGAUGUAGGUAAGCUUUUCAGAUGCUUUGAUAUUUUAGGGUUAAUCCUGGCACCUGCAAAAUCUCUGUUUGGGAGCCUGUCAAGUCUUCCUUAAUUUUUUUUUUAUCAAUUUUUUAUGUCUGUAAAGCUUUUGGCCAAACUAUUGUUUAAUAUAUCUGCAAUUGCAGUUGUCACAUUUUCAGAUGUGGCUUCUCAACUACCUGUGUCAAUUUUUUUGUGAAGCAGCUUGUCAUCUGUGUCAAAGAAUUUGUCAUCGGCUUUUGUUUCUCCUUCUGAAUCAGAAUCACCAUGGUUUGACUGAUAGACACUUAUCUGAAGGACCUCUGAUGCUCCACUGUCUGAUUCAAUGUGUUGAUGUCCUAUAGCUGCUGUGUUGAUAAUUUUUGUAGGAUAGCAUAUAACCAUGCAGGUGUCUCAGUGGGAGCUUCGGGAGGUUUUCUUCUUGCACUCUGCAAUCAUUUAUGUUUUAUUUUUUGUUCAGUUUGCAGUCUUGACAUGACUACAAUGCUCCUAUCUUCUAAUAAUGCUAUACAACGUUCACAUACAGCCAAUCAUGAAAAUUUAUCUCUUUUAUAUAUUUGUUGUUGGCAGUCCUUAUUACUUUUAUUGUUUUAAAAUUUUCAAGACUUAGAAUAGUUAAUUAAUACAACACGAGAUAAAUUCUUGCACCUAUUUUGCUGGCACACAUUGACAAUUAAGAUCAGAAAAUGCAUAGUACUCCAAAUGAAGUAUUCAUACAGAUGUCAUGCUUGGAAAGUGAAUGGUGCUUCAGUACUUUCAGAUGAAAAGUGCAGCACACACACAAAUAGAUGACGCCUAAAUACAAAUACAAGACUUGCACUGAAUUAAAAGACACUUAUAUUUAUCCUAAGGUGAGUGGCAUUACUGAGAAAGAGUUUUCUCUGUAUGUGUGUUUGAGAGAGAGAGUGUAAACAAGCAUGCUGGCAUAUGUGUGAGUGUAUAGGCACCUGUCCACUUGAUGUGAAAUAUGCAUACAUUACAAACAAGUACAGAUACAGGUUUGGGCCUCAUUAUCCUCUUACUUUCCCAUUAUGCUGUAAAAGCAAAAUCAAGCAAAAUAUAUAAAUUCAGGAUCUUCUAAAGGAAAGACCAUCAAAUAAGAAUUAUAAGCAAGAGUCAAUAUGAAUUAUUAUUAUGAUGAGCCGUUGCUAGUGAUGACAGCGCGCCCACACAACAAUUUAUGUUCAAAUCCAGCAGUUUCUAUACACAAGCUUCUCAUGGCUGAUUUCAUUUGACGGCGUAAAACCGAGCACAGAAUUUUUUAAAUAAAAAAAUGGAGGGAGCCUUUUGUGCUGUGUACAGUAUUUGGAGGAACUUCCCACGACGGCCCUAAAUAUAACCACUGGGCCACGAGUGCACAGCACAUGAUGUCUGUGUGUGAGGAUGUGUGUGUGGCGCGGCGGCCAUGAUGAGGGAGACUCCGGUAGUCGCUCCGCCGACACUCGUACAACUGCUGGUCGACAGACGACAGUGACCUCUCACACAACUCAGCAUGUGCCCGGGGUCACACAGCGCGUGCAGUAAAUACUUCGAGUGAGAGGAGCAAGUGUGUGUAUCCACACCUUCAGCUGCAGCCACCAGCCAGCCCCUGUGUCAGUGUGUCACGAUCGUGUAGUGGCAGACACAGGAGCGGGUGGCGGGUACAAGUUCGACACCACCCUGUUAAUGUGGAUAGCUCUCCUACUUCAAGCUUAAUUACUCUCUUUCGUCAGAAGUACACGCUUCUUUCUCAUCCGGGGUGUCCAGCAGGAAUAACACUGUGGCAUGUGUGAGUUUUUAAGCUGAGACUGUGUCGCCUAAAAGCGAUGCAAUGAACGACAUAAACCGGCGACAAAGAUGAGGCCUGGUCACGUGACCAACGGGAAGAUGGAGGUGUAGAGAGAGAGGAGCGUGUUUCCAUGUCAGAGAAAGGACGAUCAAAUCGGUAGUAUCUGCAGUAUAACAGUUGUGAGGAAAAAUGUACGACCAUUAUGGAUGUAUGUUCCUAACUUUAAAAACUUUCUCAUCGCGAAAUACCUCUUUUUUCCUUGUCGGAAUUGAUGAAAAAGAAGCGAGAUGUGGUUGUAGUGUACAUUAAGAGCAAGGUGAGUCAACUGACGCCGUGCGACAGGUGUGGCACAAGACAGGGCUUCAUCCACGCCGCUGCAUUUUUAUUUAUUUAUUUUUGAUUAGUGGAUGCGAACCUCCAUCUUCCUAUGAAGACGUCAAGCCCAUGGACAAAGGAUUGACCUGCAAGACACACAGGUGCUGGUGGUGACCUCGCUUUAUCAUCGCCCCGGUUGUCGGAACUGGACUAACUGGCGCCUUGCUACUCUCAGAGACCAUUCCUAGUGUUUGGUUGAGUUUAAAAAAAAUUAAUUCAAAGCAAAAAUAAAUAAAGGGUGAAACGAUGUCAAAGUUUGGUGAUCUUAUUUCACGGAUGACCCGGCGUCAUGCUCAGUGCAGGCGCUCCCAGCGCCACCUACCAGCUGGUUCCUACGCCCCUCUGCCCUCCGCAGGUGAGGAUGGUGAGCAGGGUGUGGCUAGCGGGGAAGGUGCUCAGGGAGCGGAACUGAAAGCCUGCCUGACCACGCUGGACCUCGUCUCUCUCGGCGUGGGCAGCUGCCUGGGGACGGGCGUGUACUUGACGACCGGCUUGGUGGCAUCAACGAUGGCCGGACCCGCGGGAGUGAUAUCGCUGCUCGUGGCCGGCCUGGUCUCCAUCUUGUCAGGUCUGUGCUACGCUGAGCUGGCCGGCCUCUGCCCUAAGACAUCCGGGUCAGCUUACAUGUAUGCCUACAUCACCGUGGGUGAGCUUGCGGCCUUCGUCAUCGGCUGGGGGCUAGUUGUGGAGUACGUCAUCGGAACCGCGGCAGGCGGUGGCCCUGAGCGAGACAUUGGACUCUCUCAUCAAUGGCCAUGUGUCCGCAGUCAUGGGACCGCUUGCCGCAAAAAUUGGUUCGUAGCCUGUUCUCAGUCUUGCCUUGGGAGGUUGGACCCUGUGGCCGCAGCCAUCUGUCUACUGCUGACCGUGCUUCUGGCAUCCGGGGUGGAAAUGUCAGCCAGGGUCAACAACCUUUUUAACGCCAUCAACAUGCUUGUCCUACUUUUCUUUGUAUUGGCAUCGCUGGUUCUGGGUUCCUUCCAUAACUGGGUGUCCGUCGGAUUCUUACCUCUCGGACUGACAGGAGUCCUGCACGCUAUUCCCACGAGUUAUUUUGCCUACAUUGGGUUUGACACCGUGGCAACCACAGGAGAAGAGGCCAAGAACCCCGAAACUAGCAUCCCUCGCUCCAUCCUUCUGUCCGUCGUCAUCAACUGCCUGGCUUACAUCACAGUCCUCGCCUGCCUGACCUUUGCCCUGCCCUACAACCUGCUGCAUCACGACACGGCGCUGACGGACUUGUUUCCCCAGCUCAAGUUCCCUGUCGGAAAGUACAUCAUAGCCCUGGGGGCAGUGUCGGGCCUCUUUGCUGCUGCUUUCGGCUCCAUGUUCCCUCUGCCUCGUGUCUUGAGCGCCAUGGCAGCUGACGGAUUAAUAUUCAGGAGUUUGGGAAAGAUAUGUCCAAAGCGGCGUACUCCCUUGCGAGCCACCGUUCUUUCCGGGGUCGUCGCUAUGGUGAUGGCCACUUUCGUCAAGCUUGACCUUCUGAUCGAGCUCGUCCUCAUCGGCACGCUGUUGGCCUACGUCCUGGUGGCAUUUGCUGUGCUGCUGAUGCGUUACGCAAGAGUGGAUGGCCAGGGUUCAGAGUGGAGAGACGCAGUGCGGGGCACAGACAACCCCUCGCUACAAACACACUCCGACGCCGAAAAUGAUGUCGAUGUAGAGGAUGAAGAAUGUAAACCCUCAGAAACGGAAGUUGAUUCAGCCACGUUCAGGAGACAUUCCGCCCAACACUGCGAACCAACACCAGAUGCGCCAAGAGACGCCCGCGUUGGUAGAAACCGUGGCAAACGGUCGUCGCUGUAAAAAGCGUGCGAGUGCCCUCCGACCGUCAUUCUUGUCCGGCCAUAAACAUCAGCGGCUUUCAUCUUCCUCGUCCUCCUCUGAAGAAUUCGGGGACAACGACGCCACAAGCCUCUUGGCGAGGCGAUCGUCUGACGUCACUUCCUGCGCAGCAGUACGGCGGAUAUCGGCGAGUUCUGCCGAGACAGGUUCUUCCGCGGAGGACCGGAGCGAACCUCAUGGUGGCGGCGAGUGCCAGCCACGGCAGGAGUGUGCAGCUCCAGGACGUUACGUCACAGACAGAACCGGAAGCACGUGGAUGGACCAGGGGGACCGUGCGCACGGUCCAGGGUGUGGAAGGUGUUGUCCCACUGGGCAGACGAGAUCGUAGCCUCACGUUCCAGGACGUUGACCUUCCUGUGUCGGCGUACGGCGUGCAGGUGGCGCUGUGCGUCAUGGUCGCCGUCUUCUGGGACAACGUGGCGGACAGGAGUGCGGUAGUGCUGGCGGCGGUGGGAGUGCUGGCAGCUGUGCUGAUAGCGAUGGUGGCGAUCAUGUGCCUCAUGCCACAGACUCCAAAGGGAGACUCAUUCCGGGCUCCAUGUGUCCCUGGUCUUCCUAUGAUGGUGUCCCUUGUCAACAUCUUCUUCAUUACUGCCUUGUCGGCCAUGACAUGGCUUCUCUUUGCUAUAUGGAUGGCACUUGGUCUGAUGUUGUAUCUGCUGUACGGCAUACAUCAAAGUGGUGCAGGUGCUGUGGCGCAUUCUGUAGUCGCAGAGAGUGGUGUGCUUGAUGUGGAGGACACGGUAGACGACAGCCGUCGUUCUUCGGUACAAGUGACGAACGAAGCAGACAUUGUGGACUAACUGCUUACGGCCACAUAGUGGACAAGAU